ACAAAUCUAAUUACGCAAACAUCUAGGUUCUUCCAACAACAAUCAACAACAUACACCUACACCCUUUGCUUUCCCAUUAUCUCUCUCACACAUAAAAAAAAGCUUCUUUCGGCUUCCCAACCAAGACAACUUCGAUUACUGCAAAAAACAAAAAUUAAAUUUCUCUUUACUUCCACGUUUGGCAAAGAUGUCAUCAACAAACUAAAGCUUAACACCAACAGAUUUGGUGUUGAUAACAAGAUUCUGUUUUUAUUCUUCACACCCAAACAACAUCUCUUUGGUCUCUAGAUUCUUCAUAAAGAUUUAUACCUUCAACUUCAAUCAGGCCCAUACACUCUCAUUAAUUAAGCUCAAUAAAAAGAUUAGCUCAAUUUUUUCACUUUCUUGCUCCACCCCAUGAUAUCUGUUUCACCAUUUUUAGCCUAGUAGUUAUUCAGUAGCCAAAUCUUGGGAUUUGAACUUUUACUUUUUUUGAUCUGGGGACAUAUCCACUUGCUUUGAGUGGCAUUUUCUCGAUCUGGGGUUAAAAUUAUCUUGCCUAUACUGUUUUGUUGAAUCAACUAUUGCUGAGAUUCAUAAAAAUCCUUGCUUUAUAAAGUAAAAUGUUGUGAACCACACACCAUUUUGUGAAGAUAAGUAUAUGUACAGGAAAACCUGAUUUUCCUUGAAUUGAUUUUUGUAGUGGAAAGUAUUUGGUAGAUAUAGAAAUGAAGUCAAGAGUAGGGAGUCAAGGGUCAUUAGAGGAAGGUAACGAACCUGUUACUAAGGUGGUAACAAAUCAGUAUAAGCCUUUACCAUUAAGGUUACUUCAGUUUCUAUUGCUAUUUUUGGGUCUUGGUAUUGUAUUUUCAUUUGUUAGUAUGUAUAUGGUUCGGUAUUCAGUAGUACAGAAUGUAAUCCCUAUGGUACAAUCAAGAUUUCAGCCCUGUAUUCAACAACUUAGUUUAGAGAGUUGGAUUAAGCCUCCAUCGAAUCUGUUGCAUUCGAUGAAUGAUACUCAGUUGUUUUGGCGAGCUACGAUUGUUCCUCAAAUUAAAGAAUACCCUUUUAAUAGAACGCGAAAGAUCGCGUUCAUGUUCUUGACUAGAGGACCUUUGCCUUUGGCACCUUUGUGGGAGAGAUUUUUCAAGGGGAAUGAGAAGCUUUAUUCGAUAUAUGUUCAUUCAUUGCCAUCAUACAAUCCUGAUUUCCCACCUUCAUCAGUAUUUCAUGGCAGGCAAAUUCCUAGUCAGGUGGCGGAGUGGGGAAGAAUGAGCAUGUGUGAUGCUGAAAGACGGCUUCUUGCUAAUGCACUGCUUGAUAUCUCCAACGAAUUUUUUGUCCUCUUAUCCGAGGCAUGCAUUCCUCUGCAGAACUUCAAAGUUGUCUAUCACUACAUAUCAAAAUCCAGGCACAGUUUUAUGGGUGCAGUAGAUGAACCUGGACCUUAUGGAAGAGGGCGUUACAAUCCGAAUAUGUCACCUGAGGUUAACAUCACUGAUUGGCGUAAAGGAUCUCAGUGGUUUGAAGUUAACAGGAAACUGGCUGUUGACAUUGUUAAAGACGAGAAGUACCAUCCUAAGUUUGAGAAGUUCUGUAGACCAGCGUGUUAUGUGGACGAGCACUAUUUUCCAACUAUGCUGACAAUAGAAUCUCCUCGCCUCUUAGCAAACCGGACUCUCACUUGGGUGGACUGGUCCAGAGGUGGUGCUCAUCCUGCUACAUUUGGGAAGGCUGAUAUUAAUGAUCAUUUUUUCAAGAGAAUUUCUGACAUGCCGACGUGUAUAUACAAUAACCAGCCAACUUCACUUUGUUUCCUUUUUGCCAGAAAAUUUGCUCCUAGUGCUUUGGGUCCUUUAUUAGAACAUUCUACUAAGUUUUUGGGCUUCUAAUAUUUUAGCAAGAAUAGGAAAUUGGUAGCUAUUAGAUCCGGUGAUCAAGCAAGUGUCAUGCUUGCUAUUAGAUGCCAAAGUAUGCUCUUUCCUAUGAUGAUAUUUGUAUUGUUACCUUUAAUUGUUAGACUUUGAGUAACAUGAUUAGUGAGGGUUCAUAUA